CAAAAUCCCCAAAACCACCCCUUCCUCUUCUUCUUCUUCUUCCCCAAUCAAAAAUCCCCACAAUUUUUUCAAAAACAUAAAAAAAAAAAAAAAAAAAAAAGGCCACUCACAUUUACAGAGAACAACCAUAACCAGCAGCAAUGGCCAACAUGCUCAUGGCCUCCUCCGCCAAAUCCCUCCCAACAACCACCUCUAAACCCAAAUUCUCUCUCCUCAAAACCCCCCUUCUCAAACUCCCACAACCCCAACAACAAAAACUCAAUUUCUCUCUCCUCAAAUCCGCCGCCAUUUCUGCCGCCCCACUUUCUCUCUCCUACCUCCUCCCUCACCCUUCUCUCGCCGAAGAAAUCGAGAAAGCCUCCCUCUUCGAUUUCAACCUCACUCUCCCCAUUAUCAUGGCCGAAUUCCUCUUCCUCAUGUUCGCUCUCGACAAGAUCUACUACACCCCUCUUGGUGAUUUCAUGGAUAAACGUGAUGCCUCCAUUAAAGAGCAGCUUGCUGAUGUUAAGGAUACUUCUUCUGAGGUUAAGCAGCUUGAAGAACAAGCUAAUGCUGUCAUGCGUGCUGCACGUGCUGAGAUUUCUGCUGCCUUGAAUAAGAUGAAGAAGGAGACGCAGGUUGAAGUUGAGGCCAAGUUGGCUGAAGGAAGAAAGAAGAUUGAGGUUGAACUUCAGGAAGCUUUGGCUAGUUUGGAGAAGCAGAAGGAGGAUACGAUUAAGUCUCUUGAUUCUCAGAUUGCUGCUCUUAGUGAUGAGAUUGUUAAGAAGGUUCUUCCUGUUAAUUGAUUUUUCUUUGUUUUCUCAUUUGUAGAAUUUGUGGGUUUUGUAUAACAAUGGAUAUAUUGUAAUAUGAUUAUAUGAAUAUGAUAAUAUUUUAUAAAUGAUACAUUUAUGCUUA